AUGCCUAAGGUAAAAAAUCUAAAUUUCAUUUGCUUGGGGAUAGGAAAUGAAUUUCCAACUCGUGUUUCAAUGAGUCUUAGAGCACUCUAUCAUACAGGCAAUUUUUCAAUACCUCCCGUGUUCAUAGUUCCGGUCUAAGAUUCAUCAAAUAAAUCAAGAGAAGAGUUCUUAGAUUCUAUAUUUAAAGAGGAAUUUGAAUCUGUCAGCUCUUUAAUAAAACCAAGAUAAUAAUAUGAAACUACUCCUUGCUUUUGUUUCCCCUGGAGUAAAAUGGAAACAACGAUGUUUUGGUCUGGCAGUUGGAUAGGAAGCUAUGAUUAUGAAAUCACUUUUAAUGGAUGUUUGCUCCAGCCUUCAUAUCCCUCCGAGGCUAUGAUGAUAGAAAUAGCAUCUUACUGGCUAUAGAAUAUUUAAUUGCUUUCAUUGAAUACAAAGGUAGAAUUGGAAGCACGAAUGGCUCUUUAGGAAUUAGAAAGACUAAUUAAUUUAAUUCCAAAUCCUUAAGGGUAAAAGAAGCAAAAAACCUUUGCUUAAAGAGUGUAAGAAUCUUCAUUAAAGGAUACAUAACUGUUAGAUCUUGUUGCAGAAUUGAAGUUGUUCACCCAAGAAUUUACAUUAAAUAAAUUAAGUGAUAAGGAUGCAGCUGACAGAUUGAAAAUUGGAACUAAAGUCGGUAAAUUUCACAAAAAUGCUCUUAAAUUCGCAGGAUUAUCAAUAGAAGAAUUCUCACAGGCCAAAAUAUAGUUCAUUGAGUGUCUUAAAUAACAUAAAUUUGAAGGUAAUGAUGGAGUUAGAUCCAUUUUGACAUUAUAAAGUUAGAAGGAGAUAUUAUAAGAAGAAGAUUUAAUCUCGGGAUUAGAAAAUUGUUCAUCUCAAUAUCAAUUAGUGACUGCAUUUCCGAUAAUUGGUUAUGGAUUGUAUGUGAAAAGAACAAAUGCAAGCAUGAUUGAUCCAUAUAAGAUUGAAAUUUUAUCUCUGGUUAGGAUCCACAAAUUCUUAGAUUCAGUCUCCUUAAUAGAGAGCGCUUAACAUGAAUUAAAGUUUUAAGUUGGAAAUGGAGAAGAGGAGAAGGUAAAUUGUAUUCUUCCUUUGUACACAAAGAAGAAUGAGGAUCUUAAACCAUUCUUCAGAUCUUUAUUAUUUCACACAAUAAUGACAUUUGUAACGUGUGAAAAUGCAGAUGUGUGUUUUGAUCAUUCAUAUACCUCCUUAUUAGCUAAUACUCUAUUUUAUUUGAUUAAAUAACCAAAGUCUGAAUGGACAAUGGAGAUGAUAAGUUUAAUCAAUGAAUCAUAUACUUUGGCUUAUGAGUAAAAUUAAGAGAAUUUUAUUAAAAAGUUAAUUGAAAAUCCAAUCUAAAGCCUAGUUGAUUUUAAUAAGGAUCUUAAUACUUAAUGUUAGGAUACAAUCAAGGCUUUACUAGUUCUGUCUUGCAAAAAGGAUCAAUUAUAAUAGGAAUAAAUAAAAAUGAUACUCGAUAGAUUUAUGGUUGAAACUAUAGGGAGAAUGUUGAAAAACAUGACUUUUAAAAAUUAUAUUAAGAUCUUUUGUAAUUAAGAGCACAAGCAUGAGUAGAAAAUUUUAAGAGAAUUUAGGAAGAGAAUAGCUAAUGAAUUUGAUUAUGAAAAAUUGAAAUCAAAAGAAACUAUUUCUGCUUUUAAUUUCUAAAUUAACAAAAGAGUUGAAGAAAUCAAAAUUGAAGAUUGGCAAUUGUAAUUUUAAGUGAUAUUCAAAAAGGAUUUAGUUAUUAAACAUUUAUCACACACUAAAUAUAAAUAUGAACAUUUAUAAUGUAUUUACAAUUACUUUAUGCUUGAGGAAAUUCCCUAAAAUUUAUUUAUGGCUGCUGUGUUUCAUGCUAGAUAUCAAAGAUCAAGAGAUAGAGCAACCAAAGAACUUAUAUUAGAUAUUGAUUUAAUUAAUAAGGGGAUUAUAGAGAUUAAACACCUAUUCCUUUAGCAAUAAUUGUUGUUGAAAUGUAAAUGA